GUUUUCAGGAUAUAUCUAUGCUAGACUGAGGCUUUUUCAGCCUCAAAGUCUUAUCCUCUGCCAGUCCGGUUGCGUCUGCUGCGCAGAGCCGCCGCCCGCCGUCCGGAGUUUGAAUUUACAUUUGUUCAGUGCAGACCUUCAGUGAGAACGCUGUUUGGAAGGAAAGAGGUGAAAGGAGAGCGAGAGAGCGACAAAGAAAGAGAGAGAGAGGAAGAGGUCAAGAGAAACGGGGAGAAAAAGAGAGAUCUCCGUCUUGUUUUGCAUUCAGCGGCCGGCGGCGCAUCGCGGAUAAUGUCAGAGAAUGUCCAUUUCUGGGACUUUGAGCAACUACUAUGUGGACUCCAUCAUAAGUCACGAGAGUGAUGAGCUCUCGGGCCCGGUCCGCUUCUCUGGAGUUCAGUACUCCGGCUCCGGUUCCGCGGCGGCGGCGGACGGACGGCAGCCCGCGCCCGUCGCGCACGCGGAGCACUCCCUCUCCGAGUCCUAUCCGUCCUGCAGUUUCCAGCCCAAGCCGCCGGUCUUCUCGUCCUCCUGGAGCCCUUUCAGCGCGCACCACGGCCCCGGCAGCCUCCCGGUGGUCUACCACCCCUACGUCUCGGCCCAGCACGUCUCCUCCCCGGACGCGCGCUACAUCCGCUCGUGGCUGGACUGCGUUCCGCGGGACUCGGACUCCGUCCCGGGCCAAAGCCAGACCGGGCAGGUCAAACUAGAGCCCCAGCUCAGCCAUCCGGACGGGGAGAGCCCUCUCAAAGUCACCGGCCAGCAACAGCACGAGACCACCACCUACAUUUUCGAGUCCAUUCCCUCCGCCGCGCGCCAGCCGGGCCACCAUCCCGCAGCCGUCCCGGGACCGGGGUUCGAGGAGAGUAAGGACGUUUGUGAGGGAAGUGAAGACAAAGAUGGGCUGGAUCAAAAUGACCCUUCGGCCAACUGGUUGCACGCACGGUCCUCCAGGAAAAAACGGUGCCCGUACACAAAAUACCAGACCCUGGAACUGGAAAAGGAGUUCUUGUUCAACAUGUACCUCACGCGGGACCGGCGGCACGAGGUGGCUCGCGCGCUAAACCUGACGGAGCGACAGAAAAACGUGUUUAUAGCCAUCGCCCUGCUCCGGCUGCUAGCUGCUCAUCAGCGCGCGGACACGGCUCUGUUCACACGCACCGAGCCCGUUUCCCACCAAGAAGCUACAAAGAGACAUUCCUGGAUGUGA